AUGCGUAUCGCCGCUUUGCUCCCCACUCUGCUGGCGGCCAUCCCCGCCGUUGCCGCCGACCGAGGCAAACUGGGACUCGCCUUGGGCAACAAGAACGUCAAUGGCCAAUGCAAACAGACCAGCGACUACGAGGCCGACUUCGACGCCCUCAAGAAGGUGACCACGCUGGUCCGCACCUACUCCGCCAGCGACUGCGACACCGCGAAGAACAUCAUUCCUGCCGCCAAGAACAAGAAAUUCCAGGUGGUGUUGGGAGUGUGGCCCGACUACGACGAUUCCUUUAACAAGGAUUUCAACGUCCUGAAGCAGUACGUCCACGGCAACGAGGACGUCGUCCAGGGUAUCACCGUCGGUUCCGAGGUCCUGUACCGCGGAGACCUCCCCGCCGCCAAGCUCAAGGAAAGAAUUAUCCAGGUGGUGGAUGAAUUCCCCAAGGUGACUGUCGGUACGGUGGACAGCUGGAACAAGUUCGCCGACGGCACCUACGAUGAUAUCAUCUCCAGCCCCAAGAUCAACUACUUCUUGGCCAAUGGCUUCGCCUACUGGCAGGGCCAGGAAAUCGGCAAUGCCACCAACACCUACUUCGACGACAUGUCCCAGGCCAAGAAGCGUGUCGAGAGCCGUGCUGCUGGCAGAAAGAUCCGUUUCGGAAACGGCGAAACCGGCUGGCCUACCGAUGGCGGAACUGACUACGAGGCCGCCAUUGCCAAGACCGAGUAUGCCGCGAAGUACUGGAAGGAUGCCGUCUGCGGGAUCCUCACCUGGGGCGUCGACGUCUUCUACUUUGAGGCGUUCGACGAGCCCUGGAAGCCGGUCAGCAAGGGUGACAACGGCGAGGAGAAGGACGAGACUCACUGGGGUCUGUUCACCUCGGACCGCAAGCCCAAGUUCGAUUACUCGUGCCCUAAAUAA